AUGCCGGGAGAGCCAGGAGCCGGGACAGGCAGCCUCCCCUUCCAAGCGAUGGAAAGGACGGGAAGUAGACUGCCCCCCCCACCUCCAGCUGAUUCCUUCCCUCUUCUCCCGGCAGCCCAAGCCGGCCAGGAGGCGCAGCCGUCGGGGGGCUCCGGGGACCCGCUGGCUUGGCUAGAAGUCGCGCUGGUUGCCGCCGCCACCGCGGGGCUCCUGCUGGUCGCUGCCCGCCACCUCUGGGCCCUGCGCUGGAGCCUGAGCCGGGACCGGGCCAGCGCCCUUCCGUUGCCCAGGGGCUCCAUGGGGUGGCCCUUCUUCGGAGAGACGCUGCACUGGCUGAUCCAGGGUUCCCACUUUCACAGCUCGCGGCGGCAGCGCUACGGCGCCGUGUUCAAGACGCACCUGCUGGGCAGGCCGGUGGUGCGGGUGAGCGGCGCCGAGAACGUGCGCAAGAUCCUGCUGGGCGAGCACAGCCUGGUCAGCGCCCAGUGGCCGCUCAGCACCCAGAUCCUGCUGGGCUCCCACACGCUGCUCAACGCCCACGCCGAGGCGCACCGGCACCGGAGGAAGAUCCUGGCCCACGUCUUCAGCCGCGCUGCCCUGGAGGUCUACCUGCCCCGAAUCCAACGCCUGGUGAUCUGGGAGCUGCGCGGUUGGUGCCGCCACCCAGGACCCAUCGCCGUCUACGCCUCGGCCAAGGCCUUGACUUUCCGCAUCGCUGCACAGAUCCUGCUGGGCCUCCGGCUGGAAGAGGAGCACUUCGAGGAGCUUUGGGCCUUCGAGCAAUUGGUGGAGAACCUCUUUAGCCUGCCGCUCAACGUCCCCUUCAGCGGAUUGAGGAAGGGUAUGAAGGCUCGUGAUCUUUUACAUACUUACAUGGAGAAAGCCAUCUUGGAGAAACUGCAGAGAAAAGAUCCUGAAGCUCACCGCGAUGCCCUGGAUUUUAUCAUCAACAGCGCCAAAGAACACGGCCAAGAUUUCACUAUGCAGGAAUUGAAGGAAUCUGCAAUUGAACUAAUAUUUGCAGCUUUCUUCACCACUGCCAGCGCCACCACUUCUAUGAUCUUACUCUUAUUGCAACACCCAUUGGUCAUAAAAAAGAUCCAGCAGGAACUGACCUCCAAUGGCCUUACUGGGCAGUGUCAGUGCUUUGCAGCUGAGGAUUUCCUAACAGAUUACCAGUCUGGCCAAAAAACUUUGCCUGCACAUGAGAAGGAAAACAAAGAUGGUGACUCCAGACUGCCUCUUCCAUCCAGAUUGGGAAGAGAACAAGGACAAGAGUCCAAGAUGGAAGAGAAAGGACCUAAUAUGAACGUCAUGGCUAAAGUGUCCCAGGAUAUUGUCUAUGGAACUGCAAAUGGUCCUAGCUCAUUGUCCAGGCUCGAAGAAACAGGCCAGUUCUUUAGCAGUCUGGAAAGAUCUGAGUAUUGUUGCCAUUCUUACUUGACCCUGGAGAAGCUGAAUCGUCUGCGCUACUUGGAUUGUGUCAUUAAAGAAGUUCUCCGUUUGCUGCCCCCAGUAUCUGGAGGGUAUAGGACAGCCUUACAAACCUUUGAGCUAGAUGGCUACCAGAUUCCGAAGGGUUGGAGUGUGAUGUACAGUAUUCGGGAUACACACGAGACCACCAGCAUCUACCAGAGUCCCCCCGAUACUUUUGAUCCAGAGAGGUUUUGGAUAUCACCGCAAGACCAGGAGGAGCACAAAACUUCUGCCUCCCUCCGGUUUAACUACAUUCCCUUUGGUGGAGGAGUCCGAAGUUGCAUAGGCAAAGAACUGGCCAAGGUGAUUCUCAAGAUGCUUGCCGUUGAAUUGGUCAGCACAGCCAGCUGGGAAUUGGCCACGGCUCAUUUCCCCAAAAUGCAGACCGUGCCAAUUGUGCACCCUGUAGACGAUCUUCAACUCUAUUUCCAUUCUCUGAAGGCUGGCCAUGAAAGCAGCAGUGGAGCAGGCAAGGUCAACGCCUGAAUGCAUGGACAUCUCCAUUACAUCUCUAUCUUAGGAGUAGACUAGGACAGGCCUCUGGGGCAAAACACCACUUUCCUUUCAGCGCAAGCCCCUUCCACCUGCCUCUUGGUUAUGAAGUAAGAGAAAAGGAUGGACUCACUGCACUCUCCCUGAAUUUGUUAGCAUCUCUUCUUUGGACAAAUAUGCAUCAGUUGGUCUUCUAUCAUCUUUGGUUGCACUUCUUGUUUUGCAACGAAGUGCAUAAUCACUUUGUCUUGUGGUUAAGAGAAGUCUUAUUCCAAAGGUAAAUGUCUUGAAAAAAGUGGUGGAGACACUGGUGUUAGUUCUACAUGAGGAUUAAGGGUAUGUAGCUCAAGCAAACAAAAGAAACGGGAUGCAGUGAACAUUUUGGGAAUCCAUGAUCUAGUCUGCCCUAUGAAGAUUCUUCAGCACCCCUCGCAGCUUCUGAAUAAGACUGCUGCUCCAUCGCUUCCUUACAAGGUGUCUGUGCUUUAUUCCUGAAGGGAGAGAACUUUCAUAGCUGUGUUGCCUUCAGCAUGGAAAAGGUUCCAAGUACAAGUCAGAAUGGCCAUCAGAAAGGAAAGGCACUGGCAAAGCAAGAACCAACAAAAGAAACGGAACCAAAUAGAUCAGAAACGGACUUUGCUUCAGGAUGUGCUUUUUGUAUUUAAAGACAAUGAAUGUAACCAUAUUCUGCAUUGCAGACAAGAAGACAAGAUAGGUCUGGAACAGAUUUAUUCUCCAGUUUCUGCCAUGACCCCAAAGUACAGUGUUAAAGGGAGUGCCUAGCAGUGGCUCUCCAUGGUUUCAGCUUGGAGUCUUUCCUAGAUGGAGACAGAUGGAAUUGAACAGGAGACAUUCUGCUUGUAUGGCACAUGUAUAAUUGAACUGUGAGCAGCCUGAUCAUGACACAAAAGCCUCACCCUAUUUUAAUUAAGCAAGCUACUCAUGUGUUAGGGUACCAGGUUGUCAAGCAAACUAUGCAUGGCAUGUCUUAGGUCUGGUUCAUAAUCAUACGUGCUUUUUUAAUUCUUUCUCCUUUGGGUCCUGCAAAAUGAAAAGCAUUACACUUGAAGGGAUAUGGGAGGGUUCAUUUCUGAGAUUGAACCUAUGAUGGCUUGCUGCUAUAUCCAGUUUCCAAAGGAGUAGCUAUAUUAGCUCUUGUAGUAAGAAUAAGCGAGAGUCUUAUAAGAGUCUGACAUGAUUUCUUACAGCACGUGCAGUUAUGGAUUAGUUAUGGAUUUAUUGCCACCUGGGCAUAUAUGUAAUUGAUAAAUUAAGGUUAUUUCCAUGCAUCUGAUGAUGUCUGGAGUCUGUAAAUU